AUUCUGGGGAAAAAACAUCAGAGUGAGAGCUCUUCCAUUCGCUCACUGGUCUCUGGUCGCCAGCCUACAGUGUACGUCACACGUCGAGCGGCACAGCGAGUCCGUCGCCGUCUCCGUUGGACCUGUCGGAUCUUUCGAGCUUCUGAUUUGUUCCAUGUAUUGAUCGGGGUUCGAAUUCAGACCACCAGCGUAGGCCGCGAACCGAGGUCACCGAUAAACACAAACACCGCGAGGACUUAGUUCCUGCCACGGGCGAUCACCGGAAAUCGUUCACUUAAGCGAAAGUAUCCAGAGUCGAGAUGAGCGUGGAGGCGUACGGGCCGAGCUCGCAGACCCUCACCUUCUUGGACACCGAGGAAGCGGAGUUGCUCGGAGCGGACACCCAGGGCUCCGAGUACGACUUCACCGACUUCACCCUGCCCAGCCAGACGCAGACUCAAGGCCAGACCCAGAGCCAGCUGGACAACCAGGUGAACGGUCCUGAUGAGGGUCUCCUCAACGGCGGAGUGGACGACUCCGUGGCCAAGGCCAGCCAGCUGUUGGCCGAGCUGAACUUCGAGGAGGACGAGGAGGACACGUACUACACCAAAGACCUGCCGUUGCACGCAUGCAGCUACUGUGGUAUCCACGAUCCAGCGUGUGUGGUGUACUGCAACACCAGCAAGAAGUGGUUCUGUAAUGGACGUGGCAACACAUCUGGCAGCCACAUCGUGAACCACUUGGUGAGAGCCAAAUGCAAAGAGGUGACGCUGCAUAAAGAUGGGCCGCUGGGCGAGACGGUGCUGGAGUGUUACAACUGUGGCUGUCGAAAUGUCUUCCUCCUGGGCUUCAUCCCGGCAAAGGCUGAUUCCGUGGUGGUGUUACUCUGCAGGCAGCCAUGUGCCAGCCAGAGUAGCCUAAAAGACAUCAACUGGGACAGCUCGCAGUGGCAGCCACUGAUCCAGGAUCGCUGCUUUCUGUCCUGGCUGGUGAAGAUCCCAUCGGAGCAGGAGCAGCUUCGGGCCCGUCAGAUCACCGCCCAGCAGAUCAACAAGCUGGAAGAGCUCUGGAAGGACAAUCCCACUGCCACCUUGGAAGACCUGGAGAAACCUGGCGUGGAUGAGGAACCCCAGCAUGUGCUGCUGCGCUACGAGGACGCCUACCAGUACCAAAACAUCUUUGGUCCUUUGGUGAAACUGGAGGCUGACUACGACAAGAAGCUUAAGGAGUCCCAGACUCAAGACAAUAUAACAGUCAGGUGGGACCUGGGGCUGAAUAAAAAGCGGAUUGCCUAUUUCACACUGCCCAAGACGGAUUCAGGUGAUAUGCGGCUGAUGCAGGGGGAUGAAAUCUGCCUGCGGUACAAGGGCGACCUGGCCCCAUUGUGGAAAGGCAUUGGCCAUGUCAUCAAAGUCCCUGACAACUAUGGAGAUGAAAUUGCAAUUGAGUUGCGGAGCAGUGUGGGAGCACCUGUGGAAAUCCCCCACAACUUCCAGGUGGACUUUGUGUGGAAAUCCACCUCUUUUGACAGGAUGCAAAGCGCCCUGAAGACAUUUGCCGUGGACGAGACCUCCGUGUCUGGCUACAUUUACCACAAACUGCUGGGCCAUGAGGUAGAGGAUGUCACCAUCAAGUGCCAGCUGCCAAAGCGCUUCACUGCUCAGGGCCUGCCUGACCUCAAUCACUCACAGGUGUAUGCUGUGAAGACGGUGCUGCAGAGGCCUCUCAGUCUAAUUCAGGGUCCUCCCGGCACUGGGAAGACUGUCACCUCUGCCACCAUCGUUUACCACCUGUCCAGACAGGGCAACGGCCCAGUUCUGGUGUGUGCUCCCAGUAACAUUGCUGUGGACCAGUUGACUGAGAAGAUCGACAAGACUGGGCUGAAGGUUGUCAGGCUCUGUGCCAAGAGCCGAGAGGCCAUCGAGUCGCCAGUGUCUUUUCUGGCUCUGCACAACCAGAUUAGCAACAUGGACAGUAUGCCAGAGCUUCAGAAACUACAGCAGCUGAAGGAUGAGACUGGUGAGCUGUCAUCUGCUGAUGAGAAACGCUACAGGGCUCUGAAACGCACCGCUGAGAGGGAGCUGCUCAUGAAUGCUGACGUGAUCUGCUGCACCUGUGUCGGAGCUGGAGACCCCCGCCUGGCCAAGAUGCAGUUCCGCUCCAUCCUGAUUGACGAGAGCACCCAGGCCACUGAGCCAGAGUGUAUGGUGCCGGUGGUGUUGGGGGCCAAGCAGCUCAUCCUGGUGGGUGACCACUGCCAGUUGGGACCUGUGGUGAUGUGUAAGAAGGCAGCCAAGGCUGGUCUGUCCCAGUCGCUGUUUGAACGCUUGGUGGUUCUGGGGAUCCGGCCAAUCCGCUUGCAGGUCCAGUACCGCAUGCACCCGGCUCUCAGUGCCUUCCCCUCAAACAUCUUCUACGAGGGCUCCCUGCAGAACGGUGUCACCGCAGCCGACCGCAUUAAGAAGGGCUUCGACUUCCAGUGGCCACAGCCGGACAAGCCCAUGUUCUUCUACGUGACUCAGGGCCAGGAGGAGAUUGCCAGCUCUGGAACCUCCUACCUCAACAGGACGGAGGCUGCCAACGUAGAGAAGAUCACCACCAGGCUGCUGAAGGCUGGAGCCAAACCCGACCAAAUCGGCAUCAUCACCCCGUACGAGGGUCAGCGCUCUUACCUGGUCCAGUACAUGCAGUUCAGCGGCUCCCUGCACACCAAACUCUAUCAGCAAGUGGAGAUUGCCAGCGUGGACGCCUUCCAGGGCCGAGAGAAGGACUUCAUCAUCCUCUCCUGUGUUCGUGCCAAUGAGCAUCAGGGCAUCGGCUUCCUGAACGACCCUCGUCGUCUCAACGUGGCGCUGACCAGAGCCAAGUACGGUGUGAUCAUCGUCGGGAACCCCAAGGCCCUCUCCAAGCAGCCGCUAUGGAACAACCUGCUGAACAACUACAAGGAGCAGAAGGUCCUGGUGGAGGGGCCCCUCAACAACCUGAGGGAGAGCCUCAUGCAGUUCAGCAAGCCCCGCAAGCUGGUCAACACCAUCAACCCUGGGGGACGUUUUAUGAGCACUGCGAUGUACGAUGCCCGUGAGGCCCUCAUCCCAGGCUCCGCUUACGACCGCAGCAAUACUGCCGGACGACCGUCCAACAUGUACUUUCAAACUCAUGACCAGAUCGGGAUGAUAGGGGCAGGCCCCGGUCACAUGGCUGCCAUGAACCUCCCCAUACCCUUCAACCUGGUGAUGCCACCAAUGCCUCCACCCAGCUACCUAGGCCAGACCAACGGCCCUGCUGCCGGUCGUGGAGCUAUGAAGGGUAAGCCUGGGCGUGGCGGACGGCAGAGGGUCCGUGGCUCUGGGAACCUGGGUGCCGGUCAGGGUAACGGACCGAACAGCCAGGCCAGCCAGGAUGGGGCCUCCCAGUCCUUCUCCCAGGGGCCACUGACACAAGGCUAUAUCUCCAUGAGCCAGCCCUCGCAGAUGAGCCAGCCCGGCCUGUCCCAGCCAGAGCUCUCCCAGGACAGUUACCUGGGUGACGAGUUCAAGUCCCAAAUCGACGUGGCUUUGUCCCAGGACUCGACUUACCAGGGUGAACGUGCUUACCAGCAUGGCGGGGUGACCGGACUGUCACAGUAUUAACGUGAUGCUUGAAGAAGGGAGCUAGGCCUGAGCUGAGCUUAGUUCAUCAGCUUUUUAAUCUGGGAAAUAAUAAAAACAUAAAAUGGAUACCUGUUUUCCUCUGCUACAACCGAAGCACCACCGAGUGAAAGCGACGGGAUAGCGAAACCAAACCAAUGACCAGCGAGAGAAAUGAGAGGGUAGAAGAAGAAGAAGAGGAGGGCACGAACAGACGGGCAGGGAGAAGGCGAGCGAGGCCGAGUGGACAAGCGAGAGGCAGGAGGGACCGGAGCCUGUGCACAGUGGAGGAGGGAAGUCAAGGAGAUGGCGGCGUGUGGUCGAGCUGCCGAGGGAAACAGGAGGGAUCUCAACGGUCUCUCGUGGGAAUCCAAAUGAGGCUCAACUCCUAAACAAAAUAAUCCACCCAACCCCUUUCACCUCACAGCGUCCAGGAGACGAAGGAGAGCUCCUAAAGUUCUAUCGCUCAUCUUCAGAGGAGGAUCGAAGCCUUCCGUCUGAAUUUGAAGAACCUGUUCUCCGAACCUGGACCGACAUGGUUGCAGAAGCCUUGAGAAGGGCAACUUAAAAUCCCCACGCUAAAACGUCGGUUGGUUGCUCAACCUGCAUGAUGUCCCGGACUAUUUAAAAAAAUUUGGUCGAUCAUGGGAGGAGAGCAGCACCAACAAUCAUUUACUGGGCCCAGAAAACCUCAGCAGCCUCUGAAAGCAGCACCAGGCGACACCCUCGCGGAGAGGAAGUACAAACACGGUUUCUGUGCUUGAGUCUGAUAUUGAAGAGCCUUGAAUUGAAAUACCUUCCGUUUGCCUUGAGAACCACUGGCUCGUUCACAAGGUCUUUAGUGGGGCGGUCUUGGCCGCACGUCAGUGGUGGAGUGGCACGGGGAUUUCAGAACUGUUUUUUUCAAGGCAUGAGGCGCGAAUCCCACCGAUAUCGCGGUCGUCAUGGGACGUUUUUUCUUCUCUGAAGUACCUUUCUUAUCACAGAGCACAAAAUUGCAAAAAAGUCAUCGAAACUAUCAAACAUGACCAGCAUUGAAUAUUCAACUCGCCGUCAUUUGAUGUUUCAGCGAAGGCUUUUCCUUAUUUUAAUCUCUUUUUUUUUUCUUCUGUUUUUUUGAGAGCUGGGUCUGUUGAUGUCCGGCUGCGCUUCAUGACCGAAGUUCUUCUUUUUUAAACAACGCUUUCAUUGGCAAACGCUUGGACGCUUUGCAUUGAGUGACUCCUCAGGGGAUUGUGGACGGUCCACGCUCAUCACACAAAUCCCUACUUGAGGUAAAAGAAACCAAACAAGAGAUGUCGGGGAGGGGGGAAGAGGCUGAGGGAGGGUAGUCGAGUGUAACAGGCGGGCGUGGCAAUCAAUCCACUACAGGUAAGAAGUAGAAAAGGAAGGUGGCUAGGGAAGAGAAGGAUACGAGAGUUUCCACUCUCACGUCCAGGUCGUUGUAAGGGUUGAAACAUUGGAGGGAUACAUGUAGUUUGAAGACACGUGGCAAUAGAUUUGGCCAAGUUGCCUUUUUCCUGACAGCAUUUUUGAUUUUGUGAGUGUUCACCAGCUAUAUAGCCAAGCUGAUCGUCAUGUUACUUUGCUGCAACUGAGCAGUGACCAAACAAUUUAAAUUCAUAGAUAGACACGGGUUGAAAUCUCUUGAAAGUCAAUAAGUCGGUAAUUUAAAAAUUAUUUUGUCCCAGUUACACAGUGGAAAAGCCGGUCCGCACUGAUAAGACGGUGAGGAGAUAAAGGAAAGUGAAUGGAAAAAACCUGAAUCAGUGCCUAGAACCAAUCACCUUCAGACAAACCGCUGCAGCACAAGCAUGAAUGUAGUUAAAGAUCAAACUACCAGCAUUUAAAUAGAAUUUUUUAAAAACUCUGACACCAGAGGGAUGAAGAAACCCACAGAAAAUGACUUGUUAUAUUUUAUUUUUCUAAUAAAACGGGGCGAGGUGAUGAGGUCAAUGCAUUUUGCGGCUGGGUUGUAUCAAGGAUGGGCUGAUUGGGGGGUGGGGGGAGCCACCUUCCUUCUCCGUGGAGUAAAAAUAAAUGGCGGCUGGUAGUUUCUUAUGUGGACUUUAGAUUUGUGCAAAGCUCUUUUUGACCGUAAUGUGUAUUCCUUGUGGAGUUCCUCUCCGGAUGUGGAUCCCAAACCUUCCCCUCCUGGAGAACUGUGAACCCUGAUUUUUGAUCCAAACUUAGCUUCUGUCGAGAUGAUUUGCUGCUUUCUGCGUCUUGUCGUUCAGUUUAGCCUUUUUGUGUACUUUAACUAAAAUCUUUUUUUUUUUGUAGCAACUUGUUGACAACCGGAAUGAUGCUUCCGCUGUUUCCUUUUAUCAGAGUUUUGUAUCUUCUCCUCAAAAACUGUCCCUAGGACUCGUAGUUUUGUAACUCUUCCAGGAGAUAUGCUUUGUGAACACAGUAAGAAUGUACUCCACUGUUGUUUCUCACCCACUUCUCAUUUCAGCAGACGUGACAAUCGCGUUGCGAGUAGACGCCGCCAUGUUUAAUUGAUAGAGAUAGUUCCCAUUUUGUUGACAUAGUGCAAGUCUUGUCAUUUUUUUUUGCGAUGAAUUAGCUUCCCAUAUCAGCCCGUUCCACUGAACUCCCCAACAUGUUAUAGCUUUAAAAAAAACUUCAAAAAACCUGCUGCCACUAUUUUAUCGCUUUGGUGUUUUCUUCUUUUCCAUCUGAGCCACAAUGAAUUGCAACAUGUGCAGUGACCAUUUGAGUUGUAAUUAGUUUGAAGCAUUUGCAUCCAAACCCGUGAUUCUCUACGACAGGUAGAGAUUACAUUGAUUAUCAUGUGAUGUAAAUAACUAUUUGAAACGAUGAAUCUUAUUUGCAGUGACGUAUCAUCACAGUAUGGUGAUUCCCUUGUUAAACUAAACCAAUAAAGGCUGUCAAGCAGUG